AUGGUAUCAACAGUGCAACGACCCAGAAUCAGUGGUGAAUUUGAUGAAACAAAAAUAAUCAUUAAACGUGAAAUUAAUGACGAUUGUUUUGACGGUGAUGCUGGCAAUGGAGGAGGCUCGACGGCUAUGGAUCUAGGCAUCAAUUCGACAACUAAUAAUACUAUUGGAAAUAAUAAUGAAAUCUUAGAUUGUGUUGUUUGUGGUGACCGAGCGACAGGCAAACAUUAUGGAGCAAUAUCAUGUGAUGGUUGUAAAGGAUUUUUUCGACGAAGUGUACGAAAAAAUCCUGUAUACGAAUGUCGACAUCAAAAUAAUUGCACAAUCGACAAAGAUAAACGUAAUCAAUGUCGUCAUUGUCGAUGGAAAAAAUGUAUUAGAAUGGGCAUGAAAAGAGAUGCUGUACAAAAAGAAAGAGAUCGUCUUGGACGACAACGCAGUAAUAAUUAUAAUUCUCGACUGGUCACAAUAAAAUCAAUCAAACAUCUAAGUGGUAGUCUUGAUGACGAUGAAGAUGAUCUUAGUAUAAUGGCACUCUUAAGAGCUGAACAAACAGCUAAAGAAUAUAUUGGUCGACAAAUUCAACUUGAUCGACAUCCGUCCAAUACAGAACGUGUUCAAGCUACAUUAGAAACAAUAGGUAUAUCAAUGAAUUAUCAACUUCGUAGUCUAAUUGAAUGGGCAAAAGAUUUAAAAAGUUUUAUUGAUCUAUCCGAUACAGAUAAAAUUGCUCUUUUACGUGGUCAUACGGGAGAAAAUCUUGUUUUGGGUCUUGCUUGUCGUUCAUUAAAUUGUGAUGAUUAUUUACUUUUGGGUAAUCAUUAUGUUAUACCACGAAAUGCAUCUGAUCCAGGUUUAACUCGUGCAGCUAGUAGAAUUCUUGAUGAAAUUGUUAAACCAUUAAAAGAAAUUCAAUUAGAUGAAAAAGAAUAUUCUUGUUUAAAAGCUAUUGUUUUUUUUGAUAAUGAUAAUAAAUCAUUAUCAGAUCCAAUGCGUGUUAAAGAAUUACGUAAACGUAUACAAGUUAAUCUUGAAAAUUAUAUAAAUCAACUAAAACCAUUAAUGCGUGGACGUUUUGGAGAAUUAUUAUUAUUAAUGCCUCCAUUACAAAAUAUAGCUCGUCUUAUGGUUGAUUUAGUUGCACGUUAUAAUCAAGAUACAAAACAAGUUGAUGAUCUUAUUAAUGAAAUGCUUCUAAUUUCAAAGGAGAACGAUCUAGAUUCAAAUGGAUCUUCUCUUGAUACAGACCUAGAAGAUAAUGCAUCGCAGUCUCAAGAUAGUCAUCAUUAUCCAGAUCCAUCAUUAGCUACGCCUGUUCCAAAUUCAGUUUUGAUUACAUCACAAUCAAUUAAUGAUGAUAUUCAUAAUGUUUCAUUUAGUGGACAUGAUGAUUAUCUAUCAAAUGAUCUAUCCCACAUUCAUCUUCUUCAUACAAAUUCUCUAACUGAUCCGAAUUUAAAUCAUCAUAAUGCAACAUUAUUUAAUAAUACUGUUAAUAAUGAUCAUCAUGGACAAGUUUUACAAUAUUUUACCAAUGCAUCAAAUGAUCGAUUACUAUUUUUAAAACGUUCAAAAGCAAUAAAAACACCAACAGCAUCAUCAUCAUCAUCAAAUGUUUCUAAUUAUGAUCCAAAUGGUGAUAUUAAUUUUCUCUAUGAUCUCAUCACACCACCAGCAGUAAAUCGACAAUCAUUAUCAUCACAAUUAAAUCAUACGAAUAAUUAUUUUGAUAACGAUUGGAAUGGACGAAUAUUAUUACCGACUACAGCAACAUCUAGUAUAAUUGAUCAUGUUAAACAAGAACAUGGACAACAUAAAAUUAUACGAUGA